AUGGGCCCCUGUACCGCCUCCUCAUGCUGCUGCCAGGCCCGUAAUCUGCCAUGGGCCCCCGUACCGACUCCUCAUGCUGCUGCCAGGCCCGUAAUCUGUCAUGGGCCCCUGUACCGCCUCCUCAUGCUGCUGCCAGGUCCAGAGUGUGUCAUGGGUCCCUGUACGGCCUCCCAUUGCUGCUGUCUCCAUCGCCACACUCUGCCAUGUGCCACUUUCAGGUCUCCUCACACUGCUGGUGGGUUCCAUUUUGUCAUAGGGUGCUGGCAGAUUACGGGCCUCCCAUUGCUGCUGCCAGGCCCGUAAUCUGCCAUGGGCCCCCGUACCGACUCCUCAUGCUGCUGCCAGGUCCCGUAAUCUGUCAUGGGCCCCUGUACCGCCUCCUCAUGCUGCUGCCA